AUGGAAGUGCUCGUGAGCGAGCUGGGCGUGCUGCUGAAGCUGCUGGACCAGGAGAACCUCAGUUCCUCCACCCAGGAAAAGAAGACCUGCGUCCAGAAUCUCCUCCAGCAAAUACAGCCAUCAGGAACCGACUACAUCUACAUGAACGCGUCUGUCUACAGAAAUGGGACCAGCUUUGUUGAAUCCCUCUUUGAGACAUUUGACUGUGAGCUGGGGGAGCUGAAAGAUACCACAGAAGAUGUAAAACAAGGCCAGCACACACAAACCGACGAGACGGCCACUUUGAAACAGACCUGUACAAACUCUUCAGCCCCCCACUCGGCUGACUCUCCUCCCCCGCUGCCUACCACCCCUCCUCCCGAGGAUUAUUAUGAGGAGGCAGUGCCCCUCAGUCCUGGCAAGAUGCCCGAAUACAUCAUCUCACGAGGCAGUUCCAGUCCUCCUAACUCCAUAGAGGAUGGCUAUGAAGACGCUGAAAACAACUACCCCGCCACGUGCAUAAACUCACGCCGCAAGAACUCCUAUAAUGAUUCUGACGCACUCAGCAGUUCCUAUGAGUCAUAUGAAGAGGACGAGGAAGAAAGGAGCCCGAGAACUCGACUCACACACCAGUGGCCCUCGGACGAGAGCUCCAUGCCUCCCACGAGGGACUGCCGUAUCUGCGCCUUCCUGCUGCGCAAGAAACGCUUCGGCCAGUGGGCCAAACAGCUCACCGUCAUACGGGACAACCGACUGCAGUGCUACAAGAGCUCCAAGGACACAUCUCCUUAUGUGGACCUCCUGCUAUCCAUGUGCACUGUGGUCUACGCACCCAAAGACAGCAAAAGAAAGCGUCACGAGCUGCGGUUCACCCUACCCAAUGGAGACGGCCUGGUGUUGGCUGUGCAGAGCAAAGAGCAGGCUCACAAAUGGCUUAGGGUGGUGAGAGAGGUGAGCGGGCAAGGAACUGGACCUGAGGAAUCUGCAUCUCCCCUCAUCCCCAGGAAAGCUGAGCUCGACAAGAGGCUGUCUGCUGAGAAGAACACGUCCGAUUCAGACAGCGUGGGUUUAUCUACCGGAGAAAACUGCAGAGAGAACGGGAAGGUGAAGCGGGGAGCUUUUGCAGCGGGCCGCAAGAUCACACGUAUCAUCAGUUUCUCUAAGAAGAAGCCCCCUCGGUCCGGAGAUGCUCAGAGACCCUACAGAGACCCCCGACAAGGCUACCUGUCUGUGUUGGUGAACCAAGUAUGGCGGGAACAGUGGUGUUGUGUGUGCAGAGGUGCCCUGCACUUUUACCAUGACAGAGGAGACCCGCGUGCCUCUCUGCCGCCUCUUCCUCUCCAUGGCUGCGAGAUAGUCCCGGGGCUGGGACCCAAACACGCCUUCGCCUUCCGCAUCCUACGAGCCAGCACAGAGGUUGCAGCUCUGGAGGCGGGGGGCUCUGAUGAGUUUGGGAGAUGGCUAGGGGUCCUCCUCGCAGAGACGGGCUCAGCAGAAGAUCCAGAAUCGCUGCACUAUGACUAUGUGGAUGUGGAAACCAUCGCUAACAUCCGGGAUGCUGCACGGCACUCCUUCCUGUGGGCUACCUCUUCCAGUGGUACCUCUACAGACUCCAGGAUGUAUGAUGAGGUUGCUAAUGAGGACAUGCAGCCUAAGGAGGCCCACAGACAGCAGCAGCAGCAGCAGCCUGAAAGCCAGGGGAAGCGGCGCUCCAGUUUUUCUGGCAGCGACUCUGCCAGAACCAAGACGCCGGUCUCGCUGAAACGCACCGGCUCAAAACCCCCUCACCUCCGACCUCUCCACCCAGAUGCCAACCAGUACGGAAGGUAUGGGAAAACGCGAGCGGAGGAGGACGCCAAGCGCUACCUGAAAGAGAAGGAGGAGCUGGAGAGGGCGCGAGAGGGGAUACGGAACGAACUGGUCACCCUCAGACAGGAAAAGAGAGAGCUGAAGGAAGAGCUGAAGAUGGUCUCCGAGAAGAAGAGGCCCUCUCUGUGUGAGAGAGUGUCCCAGCUGGAGGAGGCUUGCCGAGGAAAGGAGGCUGAGAGAGUAGACCUGGAGCUCCGCCUGACCCAGGUCAAGGAGAACCUGAAGAAGAGCCUUGCGGGUGGGGCCCUGGGAGCGCCAGCAGAGGAAAACCCACCAGGAAAGGCUGGCAGCAGUAAGAUCCAGAAUAUCUACAGCGAGUCUUUGCCAGUAAACUCUGCUUCAGAGAUACGCAAGAGGCCCCCCUCUAUGUACGCCUCCAGCAAAGGAACCGUCAUGCAGAAAGCCAAGGAGUGGGAAUCAAAGAAAAGGACCUGAGGCGACGGCGUGCCGAAGAAAAGAAAACAGACUUUGACACGUCGAGAUGUUGAUUCAGACUAUGGUGAUAUGCAGACAUGUUGAGUACGCCACAUCUCCAAGGGUACUUUUGCUCGUCGAACAUUUCCGUGGGGUAAACAUUGUGUGCCCAGAUGAACUGGUUCGACUUUCUCUGAUUUUCUUCCCUGGAUUAUUGAGCAUAAAUAAAGACGUUUGAGUGGGGUGAGCCAAAUGAUGCUGUAUAAGAACACUGCCACUAGAGGGCGUAACACCCUCACUGAAUAUUACCCCCCCCCCCCCCCAUUUCUGUUCCACAACGAGGACUGCUGACAAGUGGCAGGAAUUAUCACCUCCCAUCCACACGGCCCUGUCUCUCCUACUGUUUGUCUGCUGCCAUUACGUACAUAGAUUGAAAUGUGAGAGUCGUGAGAAGUGAGGGAUCGGAGUCUAUAAAAGAGCGACAAAAGGAAAAGUGAAUUUAAAGAGAUGUUUGUCGAGUGUCGACAGUGGACGGGGAAAGAGAAUGCAUUCGAGCCAAUGUUGGAGAAGGUGACGAGUCUAGAGUUUAAAUUGCUUUAUGGGGAAGAUGUGGCCUACAUGUGAUGUUUCGUGUUGCAGGUCAGCUGGGUGGCUGUAAGACAGACCGAGAUGUUUUGAGCCUUUGCCAUAACGUUGUGAUCUUUUCCUCAUCCUGUACAAAGUGAGCCAUGACUACUGUUCUGUAUAUAUUUCAUAAUACAAGCUGGCUGCAUUUCUAGUCAACAAUAUGACUCGGCUAUCGACGAUAGAAAGACUAACUCUUGGUGCUUGUCGGUGACACAAACUGGAAAGCCCCGCCGUGCACCAUUUUAACACUUCCUGUCUCUUACAUAUUAUGGUUGAUCAUUGCACUUUAUCAUUUUCCUAUCUGGAUAAGGGAACAAUAAAUUCAUGUCUAAUGUCCAAACUGUUUCCUUGAGAGGAUUAUAAAGAAUUAAUGAGCGGGUUUUUUAUAAUUAGGUGGCGCGUAAUCGUUG